AGUGCUACAAUCCAAUAUCAACUUGCCACAUUUCAAGCGACCUUUUUCUGUGGACGAUUCUUCUCUCCUUUGAACUCACACUCAUCCACAACACAACCGACCGAGAAAUCUCAACUGGUUCUGAUUCAUUUCUUUGAUACUCGCUUGCUCACAGGCCCUUUUUCAAUUUUCCUAUUGUAUAUAGAUUUACCUCUCUCUUUCUCUUUUCUUCUCCUCAAAGAAACGAAGCAACAAAAAAAAUAGUUUCCCGCUUCUUUUUUUCUAUUUUCUUCCUUGAUUCUUCAGAAUCGUUCUCUUUUCUCAACUGGGUCAUGCUUUUUUAUCCAACUUCUAAUUCUAUUACCACUAUCUUGCUCUUGGGUUCUUCAUAUUUUACUUACUCUCUUUUUCUAGGUUUUGCUAGAGAUUCUUUCACUUGGUGGACUAAGAAAGUGGCAAUCUUGAGUGGCAUAAAACUUGUCACUUUUGAGCUUCAUUUCUUCAAAGGUUUCAACUUUCAGCCUCUUUGCUUCAAAUUCAAAUAUUCCAUCUUUGGGUUUUGGUUAUUCUCUCUCUCUCUCUCUCUCUCUCUCUCUCUCUCUUUCUGUAGAGCGACUUAGUUUAGUUACACCAUAGCAAACAUAAUCAGAUCUCUCAUGCUUUUCCAAGAUUCCCUUCGAUUCUUAAAAGGUGGGAGCUUUUUAAGAUUCUUCAAUUGAUGCUAUUAAGGAAAAGGAGAUUCUUGAUUCCCAAGUAAAAGCUUCUGUAUUCAAUGCCUUUUUAAAUCAUUGUAAGAUCGCAUUCUCUCUGCCUUCUGAGUCUCUGUUUGUUUCUUAUACUUUAAAAAGAAGCUUGAUUUCAAUGCUUCUCAUAUUGACUCAUCCAGCUCUUGUUGUAUAUUAGUUAGUAGCAGUAGCAGUAGUAGUGCUAGUAGAGUAGUGAUUAUGGAAACUCUAUAUCCAGCUUCGUUUAUGUCAAGCUCCAAUUGGUUUAUGAGCACUGAAUGGACUAAAGAAGAGAACAAGGCCUUUGAGAGUGCUCUUGCUAUGUUUGAUCAGGAAUCGCCUGACCGAUGGGUACAUAUAGCCCAAAUGAUCCCAGGGAAGACUGUGUGGGAUGUGAUGAAGAAAUACGAGGAGUUGAUAGAUGAUGUUAAGGAUAUAGAAGAAGGGCGGGUUCCGAUUCCUGUUUACCUUGCCUCUUCUUUCACUCUAGAGUUGGUGGAUGAUCGAAACUUUGAUGCCUAUAGAAAAAGGUCUUCAAGAACUGGGGGUACUGAUCAGGAAAGGAAGAAAGGGGUACCUUGGACAGAAGAAGAGCACAGGCGGUUUCUGAUGGGGCUUCUAAAAUAUGGUAAAGGGGACUGGAGAAAUAUAUCCCGGAACUAUGUAAUCUCUAAGACUCCAACUCAAGUGGCAAGUCAUGCUCAGAAGUACUUUAUUAGGCAACAUUCUGGAGGUAAAGAUAAGAGGAGGCCAAGCAUCCAUGACAUCACAACUGUCAAUCUCACGGACACUACAUCAGAAGAUAAUAAGCCUCCCUCAUAUGAUCAGUCUUCUGUAUUUCAACCGCAGCAAAAGCCCACCAGCACAUCGAGAAUGUCACUUGAUUGGAAUCAACCUAAUGAUGAGGCAGUCAUGGUUUUCGGCGCCACCCACGGAAACCAUUUAAUGUCAUCUCCAUAUGAGUUUGGCUCCAAUGACUUUAAAGUGCAAGGGCACAAUCUGUAUGGCAGUGCUCAUUAUGGAGCUCUUAUCAAACCGCACAACUCAGUGUUUCAAUUCCAACCCUCAAGACAUCAAAUACAUGGAUAAGGCAGCCGCUUUUUACAUAGAGAAUUAAUAUGCCUAGUCUGAUAAUGUUCAGUAUAACUUCAACAUCAGUGCUUAUGUCAAGGUUUUGAGUGUGAUUACUUAGAUGAGGGCUUGAGUUAUAUUGAUUUUGAACAUUACGGAAGAUGAAAUUGCGUAAUGGUUCAAAACUCAAUCAUUGAACUGGGAAAAUUAAAUGAAAGGGUCUUCAAUUUCUCUGUA